CUCUACACUAAAAUGAUGUUUGUAGAACAACUUCUAACGCGUCCGGUAGUACCAUACACCAGAAAACCGUGACAAGAUGGCUGCUGGUGUGCCACUAACUGAUGAUGACCGCGCUGGAUGGUUGGCAAACCUUGCGGCUGCUGGUAUCGAAGCUCUAUCUGAAAGCUCGCUGGUUGUUGUUGCAUGCUCGGCUUUGAAGUACAAAUAUCGUGAGGUAUUCAGAACUGCUGUGGAUAAAGCCAACAAUGUCGAGGAUCGCUCCGUGGUCUUAGCUGAUACCGGAAAUAUCCAAUUGGACUUCAUCUUCCUCUACAUGUCACAAAAAAAGGCAAAGAAGUUGGUUCGAGCUCGGGCUUUGAGCACUGGACACUUUAUGCCAGCUAGCCUUGUCAGUAGCCAAUUUGAUAUCCUAGAAAUGCCGAACGAGAAAGAGCCGGAUUGUCAUAUAUUCGAUUCGAACGUCGGUGUCGAGGAAGUGAAGGAUGGCACACUGAGGAUAUUGGACGCUUUGCUUGCUCAUGCAUAAGUUGCCUACGUGUUUAAUACAUUGCAGGAAGGCAUUGCUGAGAGGGGUGAGGAGAAGUGUCUGGCAUAAUGGGUUCAACUCCAAUCUAAUUCUAAUAAUUAAUUGCACGAAUUAACUCGAG